AUGUAUACAAAUGAAGAGAUCGAUGCAUUUCUUAAAAAGAUAGUCGACAGUCAAAAAACAGGAACUACUGAAUUGAAAGCACAAGUCGAUAAGAAUAUAUUAAAAGAUUUAAUUCACCAAAACAAUGAUUAUCGAGAUAAAGUGAUUCGUAUUGUCGCUGAACUCUGUAAAGAUGAAUCUCAGCGACAUGAAUGUGUAAAAUUAGAUUUUAUGGCACCUUUAAAAGAACCUUUAAUAUAUGGUACCCUUCAAGAAAAAAUCGAGUCAUGUCGUGCGAUAGGAAACAUGUGUUAUGAAAAUGCUGAUGGUUGUGAUUUAGUAUUCAAUACAAUUGGUAUAGAUAAUUUAUUUGAUGUAUGUCGUUAUUCAUGUGACAUAAAUGAAACAGGAGGUGAACAAUUACGAAUGAUGACAUUAGGUGCAUUACACAAUAUAAUUAAUUCGAAUGAAAAAGUUGCAGAAUCAAUUUUCAAAGAAAAUAUAUUUCAAGUGUUUCUUCUCUAUGUACCAUAUUUAUCUGAAUCGAAAAUACCCUUAUUUUUAUUUUCAAUUUGUUCAAAUAUGGUCGAUCAUGAUACAAAAUGUGAAAAACUUAUUUCCAGUCAUUUAUUAUCGGAAAUCGGAAAUCAAAUAAGCGAGUCAAAUAUUUAUGAUAAUCGUUCUGUUAUUUUACCAUAUUUACUUGACGCAUGCGAAGAAGAUGAUGUCAAAGAGGAAUUAUGUUCAUCAUUGUUUUAUUAUAAAUUAAUUAAUUUAUGUGAAAAGCAUGCUGGGAAAGAUGAAGAAUUUCUUCGUGAAGCCUGUUAUUUACUGGUUGUUCUCAUAACCGCGGAUAAAUCUAUUGAUCAUUUAUUAACUUCUAAAAAAUAUGAUCUACUUGAAUAUGGCAUUUCAUGGUUAGAAAAAUCAAAUUUGCAAUUGAAAAUGACCGGUGCGUUAAUAAUAACAAAUUUAACGCGAAAUGAUCAAGCAGCAAUAGGUAUAUUAGCUGAUAAAUGCAAGCCUGACAUAAAAUUAGUUGAACAAUUGAAAUAUUUUUCAACUGAGCUACAAAAUAAAUUAGAAUCAAUGACAGAUGAACAAGCGAAAGCGGUUCAUGGAAUAUUAGGUGCAUUAAGAAAUCUUGCUGUGCCAACUGCUAAUCGAAGUUUACUCGUGAAUAGUAAUGUUAUUGAUAAUGUUCUUCUAUAUAUAUUUGCAAAAAACUUUGGUGGAGAAAUAGCUUACAAAGCAACUGGUGUUAUUCGUUUUCUUCUUCGAGAUGCAAAAGAAACUUCAAAAGCAGCCAUUGUAGAUGAUCUAAUUUUAAAGCAAAUUGUUGCCAAUAGUAAUGCCAUACACGCGGGCUUACAAUUUGAAUCUCGUCGUGUUCUAUUUUUAUUACCAAUUGCAUUAAAAGAGCUUGGUGCUAUUGAAGCACUUGCGCGAAAUGAUGCAUUUUCACUUAUAACUUCAACAUUGGCAUCGUGUGAUGUACAAGCUAAUCGUAGCAUCAUUCAAAAUGAAGCACUUAUUGCUCUCAAUAUUAUUUUAAUGCUAGCGAACGGAUUUGUUUGUGAGAAGCUAAAAGAAGCAAAUUUUCAUGAUAAUCUUAAAGAAUUUUUAAAACAAGAAAUUCAACAUCCAGAAGUAUUUAAUAAUAUUCUUCAAUUGAUUCUUUUGAUUAAAAAACAAAAUAAUUUCUUAACAGCAGAACAAUUACAUGAAUAUAAGCCAUUACUAGAAAAUAGUCGUAUCGGUCAAAAUUGUGAUGGUCGAAGACUCAUCGAUCGAACACUGGAUAUUAUACAGAAUGAACUCAAAUAG